UAUUAUGCCAGCAGUGUCAACAAUGCAGCCACCAAGGGAGUACCUUUUUAAAUACAAAGGAUUCUAUUUCCAACCUGAGCUGGUUACAGCAGAAUACAUAGAUUCAUUGGAAGACUUUGAAAUCAGAGACAGUGAUGUAUUUCUAGUCACCUAUCCCAAAUCUGGCACAGUGUGGACUCAGAACAUUUUGAGCCUGAUUUAUCAUGAAGGUCAUCGAAAUGGAACUGAGGACACAGACUUAAUGGACAGAGUCCCAUGGCUGGAAUACAAUUUCCGUAGCAGGGAUUACAUCCAUCGCCCGUCCCCUCGGCUCUUUGCAACCCAUCUGCCCUACUAUUUGGUCCCUAGGGGGUUAAGAAACAAAAGAGCAAAAGUUAUUUACGUGUCAAGAAAUCCAAAGGAUGUCUUCAUUUCCUAUUACCAUUUUACCAGACUUUCAGCCAGAAUAGAAGCAGCAGAAGACUUUGGUAGUUUCAUGGAAAAGUUUUUAGCUGGAGAUGUUCUAGCUAGUUCAUGGCUAGAUCAUGGGUAUGCUCACAAAGAAGACUUCAGUAUUCUCUUUCUUACCUAUGAAGAAAUGAAGAAGGACCUGAGAAGUUCUGUAUUGAAAAUAUGCAGCUUCCUAGGAAAGAACCUGUCUGAGGAAGAACUGCAGGAUAUUGUGGAUAAGGCUACAUUUGAUAAAAUGAGAAUGGAUCCCAGAGCAAACUAUGAGAACAUGCCACCUGAAAUCCUAGAGAAAGGCAAAGGACACUAUCUUCGCAAAGGUACUGUUGGGGACUGGAAAAACAUAAUGACUGUAGCACAGAGUGAAAGGUUUGAUAGUAUUUUUAAGGAAAGGAUGCAAAACCUGCCCCUCAAGUAUUACUGGGAUAUCAAUGAUAACCUUCCAUCUUGAAAGACAAAAAAGAAUGUUCUAUGUAUACAUUUAAUCAAUUUCUGUGCAGAACAAAAACUGCAACCUCGCCCCAUUAGUUACUCCUUGUGCAAAUAUCCUGUUCUCAACAUUCUGAAUCAUAUAGGAAUAUAUUAUGCAAGUAA